AGGGGCUCUGCUGGAUGGUGGAUGAUAGUAUGGAAAUGAUAACCAGCAUGUUGUGGUGCUCCAGGGUGAGAGUUAUUGUUUGAAAAGGUUCAGCCUUUCCGGCAAUACAUCUCUGAGUGACCCAUCAGAAAGCUCUCCUGAGAUGGCCAACCAGCAGAGGCUCUCCUCUUUAUGGAUUUUGCUGUUGAUAAUGGCCACCCUGUGCCCUGGCGCCCAGCAUGUGUACAGUAAACGAGGAGGCGGCUUCAGGGGCCGCGGUAAAGGCGAUGGGGACAAAGCGCCUCCGUCCCGGGGGCAAGGUUUCUCCAAACAGGGCCUGAAGUGGGCCGGAACCGCUGCCGGCAUGCUGGGCGGGACGGGCAUUGGCUACGGGCUGGGCUUUCUUGGAAGGCCAAAACAUGGGUCUGGGAACCAUAAAGGUGGCUCUUCAGAGCAGAAACAGCAGCCCUAUUACCAGGAAUCUCAAAGACACAGCAACCAGUCUCUCUGGAGAGCUUUUGUUAAAGGGGCUGCCCCUGCCUCGCUGAACACCGCCUUCCACACCCUCGGACACGUGGUGCCGUUUCUUACCGCGGUGUGGAUAAGAGACAUUUGAUCCAAUGUCUAAUUGCGAAGAAAACUAUCAAACUAACAAUUUCAUUAAAGCUUUGAUA